AUUCCAUUCACUGCCCUGCCCUAUAUCUUUCGAUUCCUUACGUGACUUCAAGGAGUUUUGUUACCACUGUUCACUCUUCUCCCCUUUCACCUGGUAUCACAUAAUCCUUCAAUAUGUCUUCCCUUCCCCCUGUCUAUAUCGUCUCGGCUGCCCGUACCCCUGUGGGUAUGUUUCUAGGCUCUCUCUCGAGCCUGAACGCCAUUCAGCUUGGUUCUCAUGCCGUCAAGGCGGCCGUUGAGCGCUCCGGUGUCAAGCCCGAGGACGUUGAGGAGCUCUUCUUGGGCAAUGUCCUCUCCGCAAACCUCGGCCAGAACCCCGCCCGUCAGGUCGCCAUCGGCGCCGGCCUCCAGGAGUCCACUGUCGCGACCACCGUGAACAAGGUCUGCGCCUCCUCGAUCAAAGCCAUCAUCCUUGGUGCCCAAACCAUCAUGACUGGCAACGCCGACAUUGUUGUUGCCAGCGGAGCCGAGAGCAUGUCCACCGCCCCUCACUACCUCCCCAAUCUCCGCACUGGUGCCAAAUUCGGUGAUACCCCCUUGGUCGACGCCGUCUUGAAGGAUGGCUUGACCGACGCAUACAAGAAGGAGCACAUGGGUGUCCAGGCUGAGGAGUGCGCCAAUGACCACGGCUUCAACCGUGAGCAACAGGACGACUACUGCAUUCGUUCCUACAAGAAGGCAAUUGCUGCAGCGGAAGCUGGUCUCUUCGAUGCUGAAAUUGCCCCCAUUGAGGUCUCUGGCGGCCGUGGAAAGCCCGCUAUCAAGGUCACCAAGGAUGACGAGCCCAAGAACUUCAACGAGUCCAAGACCCGCACCCUGAAGCCCGUGUUCAUCCCCGGUACCGGAACCGUCACCGCUGCCAACGCAUCCCCCCUAUCUGACGGAGCUGCCGCUCUUGUCCUUGCAUCCGAAGCUGCCGUCCAGAAAUAUGGCCUCAAGCCCAUCGGAAAGAUCCUCGGUUGGGGAGACGCCGCACAGAACCCAUCCAAGUUCACCACUGCCCCUGCGCUCGCCAUCCCCAAGGCUCUCAAGCACGCCAAGGUUGAGCAAAGCUCCGUUGACGCCUACGAGAUCAACGAGGCUUUCAGCGUUGUGUCUCUGGCCAACAUGAAGCUCCUCAACAUCACCGAAGACAAGGUCAACAUCCACGGCGGCGCUGUCGCUCUCGGCCACCCAUUGGGCGCAUCUGGCGCAAGAAUCACAACCACCCUUCUCGGUGUCCUAAGGGAACAGAAGGGCAAGAUCGGUGUUGCCGGAAUCUGCAACGGUGGAGGUGGUGCUUCCGCCCUCGUUGUCGAGUCCCUCCAGUAAAUUUUGACGAUACCAAAGAAUUGAAGCGUGGGAAAAGUAAUGGAAACAGUUAAUAGAUGAAUAAUGGAAGCAUAUAUGACCUGCAUUUCAACCGAGAUACAAAAUAGUUUCGAACGGCAAUAUUCAACAUGCUGAUGGAAUGAGAAAUGUUGAAAUUUCCUUCUCAGACCUGGAAAGACAAUCAUUUGGCAUGACACACUACAGUGUAGCAUUGAGUAUAUCUCAUUUAAUAACACAAUUAAUGGAAAUAUGCUCAAACCGCAUCACCCU